GGGGAGGCUUCACACCCCCAGUAAGAAAAUGCCGGGCCCGCCUUUGCACCGAACGGAACGGCAGCUGCAGGCUUUCUCCCAGUGCCAGGCCCAAAUGUGGGUUAAUGAAGGAAAUGCAGCAAUGGUGCAUUAGAAGGAGAAUUUACAGACAGGAAACCAAGCAUCACACCAACAUCUGACAGAGUCACUUGAUUUAGCAGGACAUGAAUAUCAUUGACCUUUGAAUGUGGAAGGAGAAAUGUUUGUCUGUUCUGUCUGUAGGGAAAGAUUUCAAACAUCAGUGUGACUGGAAAAGCACCGAGACACACACACACCUGAGUGAGCGUUCCCGUGAACUGAGCUUUAACCAGUUACACAGCCUGAAAAAAAAAAUCACACCAUUCACAAUGGGGAGAGACCGUACACGUUUUCUGUGAGGACAAGGAUUCAACUGAUCAUCCAACUUGGAGAGAUACAAGGACGCUGGCACCAUGGAGAAACCAUGGAAAUGUGAGGAUUGUGGUAAAAGAUUCAAUUAUCCAUCCCUGUUGGAAAAUCAUCGACGCAGUCAUACUGGGGAGAAGCCAUUCAUCUGUUCCGUGUGUGGGAAGGGAUUUACUCAGUCAGCCUGUCUCAUGUCACACCAGCAAAUUCACACCGAGGAGAGGCCAUUCUGCUGCUCUUCCUGUGGAAGGAGGUUCAGGUGUUCAUCCAACCUCAUUGCACACCAGCGAGUUCACACUGGGGAGAGGCCAUUCAUCUGCUCCGUGUGUGGAAAGGGAUUCACAAAGUCAUCCUGCCUCAUGUCACACCAGGCAAUUCACUCUGAGGAGAGGCCAUUCAGCUGCACUUCCUGUGGAAAGAAUUUCAAGUGUUUACCUAACCUCAUUGCACAUCAACGAGUCCACAUGGGGAAGAGGCCGUUCAUCUGCUCCGUGUGUGGGAAGGAAUUUGCACGGUUAUUUAGCCUUGUAUCGCACCAGCGAAUUCACACUGAGGAGAGGCCGUUCAACUGUACUUCCUGUGGGAAGAGAUUUAGCUGUUCAUCCAACCUCAUUGUACACCAGCGAAUUCACACUGGGGAGAGGCCAUUCACCUGCUCUGUGUGUGGGAAAGGAUUCACUGGGUCCUCCAACCUGCUGAUACACCAACGCACUCACACUGGGGAAAGGCCAUUCAGUUGCUCAGUGUGUGGGAAGGGAUUCACUCAGUCACGGUAUCUGCUGACACAUCAGCGAGCUCAUAAGUGAUUCCAAUGGUUGGAUUCUGCUGUUUUUGCUGUUGUUAAUCACAUCCAGGACUGAUAAUCUGAC